AUGAUUACUGCCGAACUAAUGUUGCAUAAGAUGGCCAAGGAAAGGUGCCUAAAAAAGUCUUUUCAAGAUAGUCUUGAAGACAUAAAGAAGCGAAUGAAAGAGAAAAGAAAUAAGAAUUUGGCAGAGCUUGGCAAACGCAAGUCUUUUAUAGCUGCACCAUGCCAGAUAAUCAGUAAUACUUCUACACUGCUGAAAAAUUACCAAGACAACAACAGAAUGUUAGUUUUAGCUUUGGAAAAUGAAAAAUCCAAAGUGAGAGAAGCCCAAGAUAUCAUCUUACAGCUGAGAAAAGAAUGCUACUACCUUGCAUGUCAGCUAUAUGCAUUGAAAGAAAAAUUUACUUCACGGCAAACAGAAGAGGCAACUCAGAAUCAAGAAAAAUGUCCCUCAGGAAUGGACUCCAAUAAUGAUGAGAACUCCAGGAUUGUAUUUAUGAAGGAUUUACCGCAAGUUCCUCUUGAAGAUACUGACCAUUCAAGACAAAGAGAAUCAUUUCAAAUAGAAGAGUAUGUACCCAUUGUUUCUCAAGACACACUGGGAUUUGAUUUUGAAUCAGGUGAAGCCACGUCUACUGAUGUCUUGCCUAGAACUGUAUCUCUCCGACGGGGCAGUUUAAAGAAACAUUGUAACAGCAGUCCAUGUCAGUUUGAUACCUUGGAUGAUUUUGAAACCAGUCAUUUGGUGGGGCAGUCUUUUGAAUUGGACAGAAUUAGAUUUGUAGACCCACCAGCAAACAUGCACAUACCUGUAAAUGUAGAACAGAAUGUUUGUCCAUGGAAGAAGGACCACAUUAAUUUAUCACCAAAGCUGAUCCACCCAGGAAUGUUUACUAAAACAAAAGAAGUUAUUUUAGAAUCUAAAUCUGAACAACCUAAAAGUAAGCAUAGAGCCCCACAAGGAAGAAAAAGAGAAGAGAAGGGAAAAGCUAACAGAAGGAGAAAAUUACAAUCUAUAUCAAAAUGUAAAAAGAACAAAAGUGAAAAUAAAAAAACUAUUUCCAAACAAACACUGGAUGAAUCUGUCAGUUCUGGUGAUGCUUACAAUUUUAAUUUGGAAGAACGUGUUCAUCUCACUCCUUUCCGACAAAAACACAACGAUUCUGAUAGAGAAGAAAACGACAAUGAGUCUGAUGUGAGCAUCUGUGAAUCAAGUAGUUCAGGAGAUGAUUCUGGUGACCUCUAUUUGCCUACUAGCAAGUACAUUCAAAAUCUUGCCAGUGAUUCAGACAGGAAACCAGUCACUAGGCCUCGAUCUAAAAGAGCACUAAAACAUACAGAUGAAAAAGAGAUAGAGGAUUCUGAGCCAACAAAAACUCCUACCAGUACACCACCUGAAACUCAACAGUCACCUCAUCUUAGCCUGAAGGAUAUCACCAAUAUUCGCUUGUAUCCUGAAGUUAAAAUCAGGAGAUUUUCUCUUUCUCCAAACGAAAAUAAAGGAAGCCCAGCAGAGUCUCUUCCUAAGCGUAGAUGCACAGCCCACGUGAACUAUAAGGAGCCCACUCUUGCUUCGAAACUGAGAAGAGGAGACCCUUUCACAGAUUUGUGUUUCUUGAAUUCUCCUAUUUUCAAGCAGAAAAAGGAUUCGAGACGUCAUUCCAAAAAGAAUACAAAGCAAAUACGAUGA